AUGAGGAUCACUGAAAUUGUCAUAGAUGGCUUCAAAUCGUACGCUGUGCGUACGGUGAUCUCGGGAUGGGACGAAGCCUUCAACUCGAUUACCGGCCUUAACGGCAGUGGUAAAUCCAACAUCCUCGAUGCCAUUUGUUUCGUGCUUGGUAUCACCAACAUGACCACAGUGCGCGCGCAAAACCUUCAAGAUCUCAUUUACAAGCGCGGCCAAGCUGGUGUCACGAAAGCCAGUGUUACAAUCGUUUUCGACAACCGGGAUACCGCGAAGUCGCCGAUUGGAUUCGAGGAAUAUGCGAAUAUCUCCGUGACUCGACAGAUUGUGCUAGGCGGUACGAGCAAAUAUUUGAUCAACGGACACCGUGCGCAACAGCAGACUGUUCAGAACUUGUUCCAAAGUGUCCAGCUGAAUAUCAACAACCCCAACUUCCUCAUUAUGCAGGGUCGCAUUACCAAAGUCCUGAACAUGAAAUCUGUCGAAAUCUUGUCGAUGAUCGAGGAAGCAGCUGGCACACGAAUGUUCGAGGAUCGAAGAGAAAAGGCAAACAGGACAAUGGGAAAGAAAGAGCUGAAGCUGCGCGAGAUCGAAGAACUGCUGAAGGAAGAGAUUGAGCCUAAGCUCGAGAAGCUCCGAUCCGAGAAACGAGCCUUCCUCGACUUCCAGCAGACGCAGAACGACCUCGAGCGCUUGACCCGACUUGUUGUUGCCCAUGACUAUGUUCGUGGCGGCGAGCGGUUGAGAAUUGCAGGCGAAGAGUGCGAAAACAAACGUAACAAAGUGCAAGCACUUGAAGAUAACGCAAACAAACUGAAAAAUGAAAUUGCCCAUCUAGAGGAGGACGUGAAACGAGUACGCGCAGCUCGCGACAAGGAACUCCGAAAAGGCGGCAAAUUCCAGGGGCUUGAGGAUGAGGUCAAGAACUACUCGCACGAGCUAGUUCGACUGACCACGGUCUUUGAUUUGAAAAAGGCAAGCAUGGACGAAGAGAAAGAGAAACGACAGACUAUCCAAAAUAAUGUCACUGAUCUCGAAAAAGUCUUGAAGGAGAAGCGCAAGAUCUAUGAGAAGCUACAGGCCCAGUAUGAUACCGCUAAGGCUGAGUUGGACGCACAAAAUUUGGAAGUGGAGCAAAAGGAGGAACUGCUCCAGACAUUGCAGACCGGUGUCGCCUCAAAGGAGGGCCAAGAGAGUGGUUACCAGGGUCAACUGCAAGAUGCCCGUAAUCGCGCAAGCAAUGCCGCCACAGAACAAGAGCAAGCCAAGCUCAAAAUCAAUCACCUUGAGAAGCGAAUCAAGGAGGAAGAGCCUCGCGCAAGGAAGGCAAAAGAGCAAAACUUGGGGCUUUUGCGCGAUCUUGAAGGGUUGAAGUCGCAAGCCAACAAGCUGGAGUCCGAGCUGACUCGACUUGGAUUUGAGCCUGGCAAGGAGGAACAAAUGUAUCAGGAGCAAACUGAGCUUCAACGGGAUAUUCGCGACCUCCGCCAGCGGGCCGAUGGGCUCAAGCGACAGGCAGCGAACAUCGAUUUCAACUACGCAGAUCCUCAUCCCAACUUUGACCGGUCCAAGGUCAAGGGUUUGGUUGCUCAGCUCUUCACCCUCAACAAGGAUCAGGUCCCAGCUGCGACUGCCCUAGAAAUCUGCGCCGGUGGUCGUCUUUACAAUGUGGUCGUGGACAGCGCAGAGACCGGCACCCAGCUGCUUCAGAAAGGCAAGCUGCGCAAGCGCGUGACUAUCAUUCCCCUCAAUAAAAUUUCUGCAUUCAGGGCCUCCGCCGAAAAGAUCGGAGCUGCACAAAACCUUGCCCCUGGGAAGGUUGAUCUCGCUCUAUCCUUGGUUGGAUACGACGAGGAAGUUCUAGCAGCAAUGAAUUAUGUCUUUGGCAAUACCCUCAUCUGCCAGGACGCCGACACAGCUAAGAGGGUAACAUUUGAUCCGUCAGUUCGGAUGAAGAGUGUCACGCUGGAGGGCGAUGUGUAUGAUCCGUCUGGCACGCUUUCCGGUGGAAGCUCCCCCAAUUCGAGCGGAGUUGCGGAGCAAAGAGCGACAGCUCGCGACUUUGGAAGAUCACAUGAAGAGGGAAAAAAGAAGCUCGAUUCCGUUCGCUCCAUCAAACAAAAUUUGGAUCUCAAGACCCAUGAGAUCAAGCUUACCGAGGAGCAAAUCAACAGCAACUCUUCGUCUUCGAUCAUUCAAGCUGUCGAAGAGAUGAGAGCAAAUAUCGAACAGCUUAAGAAAGACAUUGCCGACGCUAAGUCUCGCCAGGCGGACGCAUCCAAGGAUAUCAAGCGAAUCGAGAAAGAUAUGAGUGAAUUCAGCAACAACAAAGAUAGCAAGUUGGAAGAGCUGCAGACUACGCUCGAUAAACUCAAAAAGAGCCUUUCCAAGAAUUCUAGCUCAGUCAAAGAGCUGCAGAAGGAAUUGCAAACUUCCAGACUAGACUCUGAGCAAGUUGGAAGCGACUUAUCCGCGGCCGAGGAGCAAUUGGUUGAGUCGGACAACACCCUCAGUUCCCAAGUAGAAGAGAUUGAAACACAAAAACGGGAGCAAGCUCGGCUGAAGGAUGCCCAUGAUAUCGCACAGGCACACCUUGAUGAUGAGAGGGCCAAACUGACCGGCUUUGACGAGGAAUUGCGAGAAUUAGAACAAGCCAUGAAGAGCAAAUCCUCUCAGAUCACCGAGGAUGGACUAGAGGCGCAGAAGCUUGGCCAUCAGCUCGAAAAGCUCCAGAAGGAUCAACAUACUGCUAGCCAGGCCGUGGCUCACAUGGAACAGGAACACGAGUGGAUUGCAGACGAGAAAGAGAACUUCGGACGUGUCAACACCCCCUACAAUUUCCAGAACCAGAACAUUGCCGAGUGCAAAUCUACCCUACGCAACUUGACAGAGCGAUCCCAAGGCAUGAAAAAGAAAAUCAACCCGAAGGUCAUGAACAUGAUUGACAGCGUGGAGAAGAAGGAGGCUGCUCUUAAGAACAUGAUGAAGACAGUCAUCCGUGACAAGAGAAAGAUCGAAGAGACCAUCAUGAACCUGAACGAAUACAAGAAGGAAGCCCUCCACAAGACGUGGGUCAAGGUCAAUGGCGACUUCGGACAGAUCUUCAACGAGCUCCUACCGGGCAGUUUUGCCAAGCUGGACCCUCCCGAGGGCAAAGACAUCACAGAUGGUCUCGAAGUGAAGGUGUCCCUGGGCAAGGUCUGGAAGCAGAGUCUGACCGAACUGAGUGGUGGCCAACGUUCACUCAUUGCUCUCUCGUUGAUCAUGGCGCUCUUGCAAUUCAAGCCUGCCCCAAUGUACAUUUUGGACGAGGUGGAUGCCGCGCUAGAUCUGUCACACACGCAAAACAUCGGUCGACUGAUCAAGACCCGUUUCAAGGGGUCUCAGUUCAUCGUUGUCUCGUUGAAGGAUGGUAUGUUCCAAAACGCCAACCGCAUCUUCCGCACACGGUUCAGCGAGGGUACCAGUAUUGUUCAAGCCUUGACUGCCGCGGAUUUGAAAUAA